AUGAGCGUGGCGCUGCGGAACGCCCAGCGGGCCGUGCCGGUGCGUCGCGCCCCGCUCCGCCGUGCCGUGUGCGCCCUACGGGCCGCUCUGGGCGCCUCCCGCUUCGACGUGGGGCUGGUCUGCGCCGGUAACGGGCUGAUGCGGCGUCUCAACGGCGCGUACCGGCAGCGCCCGGAGCCCACCGACGUCCUCUCCUUCCCCUUCCACCGGGUGGUAGCGGGGGAGCUGCCGCAGCCGCGCUGCCGCGACGAGUACAACCUGGGGGACAUCUUCCUGGGGGUGGAGUACAUCCACCAGCAGUGCCGCGCCACCGGGGAGGACUUCGACAGCGUCCUGGCGGUGACAGCAGCCCACGGACUGUGCCAUUUGCUUGGCUACCGGCACAACACAAAACGCGAGUGGCAACAGAUGUACCAGAAGGAGGUGGAGAUCCUGGAGGAGCUGAACCGGCUCACCGGCACCAGCCUCCGGCCCCUGACCGCGGGCCUCUUCUGAGGGA